AAGUUGUUGGUUUCGUGAUUCGGGCCAAAAAUAUAAUAUAAUAUGGCAAUGGAUUACUCUAUUCGGUUGGGUAGUUAUGUCCAUUAUAUAUUGUACGAUCGUUGUCAUUAUGGUCAUUGGAAAACUAAAAUCCGCGACAAAAAAACCCGAUAAUUUUGAUUCUUCUCAUUUGUCUGACUACCCCACCUUAAUUAAUAAGGCUUUGAUUUCUUCUGUUGUCAGAAGAGUUAUGUGGUAUCCUGUGGUGCCAUUGGUGGUUCAAUUUUUUAAUUCUUUCGUUGAAACUUUCGCUUACGUUCAUAGUGAGAUCCCUUAUAUUCUAUUAUUACUUUGCGACAUUGGAUUAUCACUUCAAGGAUUAUUGAAUGCCUUAGUGUUUUCUCAAGAUGUUGCUGUUACUCGUGCAUUCGAGGAUGUUAAACUACAUUGGUGGAUCACCAAUGUUAACACUUAUGAAGUACACUAUCCUCAUAGAUCUCACAACAAAGCCAUUACUGAUGAAUUCAACAUGAUAGGAGAAUUAAAUGAUUUUGUUGAAUUGAACUCUCUAAAUCGUAAUAAGACUGACGUCAUUACAAGAGAUAUUAUCAAUGAUGAUAUUAAUAAUGAUUUUACAAAUAACAAUAUUAUUAAUAAUAUUACCAAUAACAAUAUAAUUAAAAAAGAUAUUACCAAUAACAAUAUUAUUAUUAAUAAUGUUAUUAAUAACAAUUUUAUUAAUAACAAUUUUAUUAAUAACUACAAAAAUAUUCCUACUAAUUAUAGAGUUAUUAAUAACAAUAAUUUAGUUUUACAGCCAUCGCUUUUAGAAUGGUUAAGAUACAUGUUAUUGAUUAAACUUUUUUCAGCACCAAAAAUUUCUUCUUAUUUGAUUUCGCCUAAACUUUUAUCACAAAUCGAUUCUUUCUCCGGAAAUAUGCCAAAUACCCUUUCUGCUGUCUCUGGAAAGGACGAUUCGAAGCAGGAUAUAACUCUUGACAAUCAAAAUGAUAAUCAAAAUAUUCAUUUAGUUUUCCCUGAACCUACUCUUUUAAAAGAUUCUUCUCAAUCCUCUCCAUUAGCUUUGUCAUCUAAUCGUUUAAAUUCAUCAUCUUUAUUCGAUCCCUUGAUAGGCAAUAGAUCAAAUUGUACGGUUGGUGAUGAUGAAGGGCAGACCAAUAUUAUGCUUAUUAAUGGCGAAUCAACAGAUUUAUCUCAAGAAAAUGAAAAUAUUAAACUGAUGCUAAAAAGAGUUGGAAUAAUAGUUCAAGUUCCUAAAAAUAUUAGUCCAGAAAGAUCUCAAUCAUUUUCUGUUUAUAAUAUUGGCCCUGAUUUGUUUUACCAUGUAGAUGAUAAAUAUUUUGUACAUAAAGGCUCUUAUAUUUUUUACUUCUAUACAGAUCCACCAGGUAAAAAUAGGGAGAAUUAUAGGAAGUUUAUAGCUAUUACUCCUGAGUUUAAAAUGGACACUGCAACUAAUUAA